UGUAUAUAUAUAUAUAUAUAUACAGUAUAUAUAGUAUAUGUGCAUUAAUAUUAAAUAUACUGUAUAAUAUAGAUUAUGCGGUAUAUUCUCUAUAGGAUAAGAUGAAUGGACAAACAAUCGAUUAAUUUUAAUUAGCAAGAAGAGCGACGAAAAUUUUCUUGUUUCAUUUUUGAUGUUUAUUAUUCUGUUUGCACUGGAAAAUAAUCUCCCUGCAGAAUAACAACUAAACAUGGACGACUGCGCCAGUGAAAUGAGUGAUAAAUUUGACGAAGAGUCGAAGGAUAGCUUUAAAAAUCAACAAAAGAGAAGGAAAAGUAGCAUAUCCAUUCCUCAAAUAUUAAAUGUAAGAAGAUCGUCGUGUGCUUCCUCCGACUCUUUUUCUUCAAAUUAUUCGUCAUCUGAUGAUGAGGCAAAUCCCAGAGACCAAACUCAGAGAAACAGCAAAGGAUUUUCAGAUUUUAGAGUCAGGGAUAUAAAUCAGCAUUUUGAUGGGAGGAAGGAGAUUGAAAUUGCGGAACAAAACUGCUGUCCUAAUUGAGACUCUAAUUAGCCUGGGAGCGCAAGUUCGUUGGGCAGCCUGCAACAUUUAUUCAACCCAAAACCAAAUUGCUGCUGCUCUUGCCGAAGCUGGAAUAUCGAUCUUUGCCUGGAGAAAUCAAACGGAAGAAGACUUUUGGUGGUGCAUCGAUAGAACUUUGCAUUCCGAUAAUUGGCAACCCAAUAUCAUUUUAGACGACGGUGGAGAUGCUACUCAUAGAAUGCUUUCAGAAUUUCCAACGGCUUCUAAAUACUUAAAAGGGGUUAUUGAACAAUGCGUCACAGGCGUUCAUAGACUUUAUCAAUUAUCAAAAUUGGAAAAAUUGCUGGCCCCCGCCAUGAACGUUUAUGAUUCCGUUAUGAAGAGUAAAUUCGACUCUUAUUACUGCUGUAGGGAGUCUAUUGUGGAUGCUUUGAAAAGGGCUACCGAUUCAAUGCUUGGAGGUAAACAGGUUUUAGUAUGCGGAUAUGGUGACGUUGGAAAAGGCGUCUCUAACGCCUUAAAAGCGGUUGGUUGUAUCGUUUCUGUUACGGAGAUAGAUCCAAUCUGCGCAAUGCAAGCUUGCAUGAACGGCCAUAAAGUCGUUAGAAUAAAUGACGUCAUUCAGUCUGUUGACAUAAUAAUAACGUGUACUGGAAAUAAGAAUGUUGUAACUAAAGCUCACAUGGAUAAGGCUAAGAGCGGUUGCGUUGUUUGUAAUAUGGGACAUUCGAAUAACGAAAUCGAUUUAAAAACCUUAAAGAGUUCGAAGGGAAUUAAAUUCGAAAUGGUUAGGAAUAACGUUGAACACGCCAUAUGGCCAGAUGGAAAACGCUUAAUUGUUCUGGCGGAUGGACAACUCGUUAAUAUGACAUUUACCAAUAUACCGUCACUAGUCAUAUCUAUUUCUGCCUGUACCCAAAUUUUGGCCGCUGUGGAACUAUAUGUGGCGCCAUCUGGUAGAUAUAAAAAAGACGUCUAUCUUCUACCUAAAAAGAUGGACGAGUAUACGGCAGCUUUACACCUUCCAAUAUUCCAGGCAAAAUUGACAGAGUUGAGCGAAGAGCAGACGAAAUAUUUGGGUUUAAACAAGCAAGGUCCCUUUAAACCCAACUAUUACAGGUACUGAACUAUCGAGAAGGGGAGGAGAAAGGAGAAGAAGCCGAAGAAGAAUAGUGUGAGGUGGAGGAGAAGAGAUUAAAGAAGAAAAUAUGAAAAAUGAAAUAAAACUUAGUAAUAUAGCUUAUAUAAUUCGUUGUGACAAUGAAUGUAUUUGUUGGAAAGUUCCAUAAGAGAGUUAAUUAAUACUUAAUUUAAUAGUUUAGUUAGUUUGGUUAGUUUGUAAAAUAUUUAAUUAAUUUGAUCUAUCUAUUAGAUAGUUUAAUUAAAGAAUAGUCCUAUUUUCUAAGUUAAUUGUCAAUAAAUAAAAGAAUCAAACUAUAAAGAAGAAAGAAGAUAACUAGAGCAAAUGGAAAAAUAGAAACUUAAUCUUAUUACGCAAUACUUAUUUUUUUGUGUGGGUUUUUUUUCCUUUUUCCUAAUCAAUAGUGAUUGAAGGUUAGGUUUACAGUGUUUAUUAUAUAUAUACAGUAUCCAGUAUAUACACUAUAUAUACAUUAUAUAUGUAUGUGUAAUUAGUAAUUUCUGUUGGUCCUUUUAAUCUUAUAACCGAUAGAGUAUAUUAAAUUAAAUAGUAGAAUUAUGAAUAAAUGAAUUAUCGAUCGAUUCUUUGAGGUUUUAUCAUUAUGAAUAUUUAGUAGUUUA